AUGUCUACUGCAUCUGCUGAUGAGGUCAUCGCCGAUUGUUCCGAUUUGUCACCGGGAGAUCUGCCGUCAGAGGAAACCGAAGUUCUGGAAACUGUCGACGAUGCGUGGAAGAGUAUCGCUCACGACGAUUCGACUACUCGCGUCGAUUUUGGUAUCUCUGCUAACGAUGUGGAGAAUACUGGAAAACUUCGCAAGGAUAAAGUGAAAUUGAGCGUAAAUGUCGUGUUUCCGAGCAGUUCUGACGGUGGAAGGGCAGACACCGGAGAGUCGGAUCCGGUACCUAAUACAAGUAAUGGUAAUGGAGGUAAGAGCACUUCGGUACUGAAACCGUCGCCUAGCGUGGGGGCUACUCUGGUGAACCAUAUGGAUUCGCCGAAUGGAAGCGGCAGCAGCGAAAAUAGCACCUCUUCCUCACUGAUCGAUGAGGCGUGGGAACUGCUAAGCAAAUCAUAUGUUUACUUCAAAGGACAACGUGUUGGUACAAUUGCAGCCAAUGAUGAUCCCGGCAGCGAGACCUUGAACUAUAAUCAGGUUUUUGUUAGAGACUUUGUUCCUUCUGGGUUGGCUUGCCUGAUGAGAAAUGAUGCUGAUGUGGAAAUAGUGAAAAAUUUUCUGCUGAAGACCCUUCACCUCCAGGGAUGGGAGAAGAGGAUAGAUAACUUUACACUUGGAGAAGGUGUUAUGCCUGCCAGUUUCAAGGUUAUCCAAGACCCUAUCCGCCAGAAGGAGGUUUUACAAGCAGACUUUGGUGGAAGUGCAAUUGGAAGAGUUGCGCCCGUGGAUUCUGGGUUCUGGUGGAUUAUAUUGCUACGUUCGUAUACUAAAUGCACACACGAUUACUCUCUUUCAGAGCUACCAGAAGUGCAGAGAGGAAUCAGACUGAUACUUAACCUGUGUCUGUCGGAUGGAUUUGAUACAUUUCCUACACUCUUAUGUGCAGAUGGAUGCAGCAUGAUUGAUAGGCGAAUGGGGGUUUAUGGUUAUCCCAUUGAGAUCCAAGCACUCUUCUUUUUUGCACUGAGGUGUGCGAGACAAUUGCUUAACAACGAGCAUGAUGGUAAGGAGUUGAUUGAGCGCAUUGAUAAACGGAUUACUGCUCUGAGUUACCAUAUGCAAAAUUACUACUGGCUUGAUUUCACUCAACUCAACAACAUAUAUCGCUAUAAAACUGAGGAAUAUUCUCACACUGCUGUAAACAAAUUCAAUGUCAUUCCUGAAUCCAUCCCGGACUGGGUCUUUGAGUUCAUGCCACUGAAGGGAGGGUAUUUCAUUGGGAAUGUGAGCCCAGCGCGCAUGGAUUUCAGGUGGUUCUUGGUUGGAAACUGCAUUGCUAUUUUGAGCUGUUUAGCAACACCAGCGCAGGCUACAGCAAUUAUGGAUUUGAUCGAGGAGCGCUGGACAGACUUGAUUGGAGAGAUGCCCCUGAAGAUUGCAUAUCCAGCACUUGAAGGACAUGAAUGGAAGAACGUAACCGGCUGUGAUCCAAAGAACACGAGAUGGAGCUAUCACAAUGGUGGUUCUUGGCCAGUUCUUUUGUGGCUACUCACAGCAGCAAGCAUAAAGACUGGAAGGCCUCAAAUUGCUAAGAGAGCGAUAGAGUUGAUUGAACAACGUCUCUCGAAAGAUGGAUGGCCUGAAUAUUAUGAUGGAAUCACUGGCCGGUACAUUGGAAAGCAGGCAAGGAAGCACCAAACAUGGUCGAUUGCAGGAUAUCUGGUUGCUAAGCUAAUGAUAGAGAACCCAUCGAAUCUGCUCAUCAUAUCUCUUGAAGAGGACAAGAAAAUUUCUAAGCCAAGGCUCACCCGUUCUGCCUCAUGGACCUACUAGCUUUCUGCUGAAGAGUCAAAUGGUAAAUAACGGCUCUUCUGAUCGCUUUCAUCCGGGUUCAGUUCAAUAAACGGUAAUCUUCAGAUACAUCUGUUUUCUGACUCAAGUAAACUUUGUUUUUUGUUAAGAUGGAUAUUAGACCAUCUAUGAAAUUAGUUGAUUGAUUCACAGUUUAAAUCUGAAUUCAUAUUAGUGAUGAUUAAUCACAAUGUCUUUGUCA